AGUCCCAACUAAUGCACCUAAACUCCUCCUGCGGCCAAAAGAUAAUCCAGAGACAGAUGACCAAAAGCGCACCAAAGCCAGUACGAUCCUACCGCUAAACCCAAAAGCGCGCACGCUGCCACGCACAAGAUGGCAGCAGCAGCAGCAGCGGCAAUUCACCAACCAGGGAGGGAGGAGCUAGCGCGCGUCCUCCUCCCGCUCGAUCCGAUCUCCUCCGGCCAGUUGCAGUGGUUGGCUGGUCUCAGCGACAGCGAUCCCUUUCGAGUACUAGUACCGGGCGCCGCGAGCGAACGCCACGGAUGGUGGAACCCCCGGGCGCGGAGGAGCGUUUGGCGGUGUCGGCCUCUCCUCCGGCUGGCGAUAAGGGUCGUCGUCGGCGUCGGCGUCGUAUGAGCGGCUCAUGGCCACGAGCUUCACGAUGGCAAGGGGAAUGAAGAUGUCAACCGGUGAAAACUUGCAGGCGGGUUUAUUGUCCAGGACGCCACCAUUUGGUCUGAGGCUAUGGAUUGUGCUUGGCAUUAUCAUUUGGGCUGCAAUUCUGUUUGUCGCAGGUUGCAUAUGCUUCUUUCUGAUCUACUGGAGGAAACGAGGGAAUCGCUUUGGUGAUGUUGCUGAACCUGAAAUCCCAGAUGUUACCAAAGAGAUUGCAGUAGAUGAAGUAAGAAACAGAGCGGCUGCAGAAAACAUCCAUGGUCAAGAAACUCAGGCCCUCUCAUUGAAGGAGAUGCUUACUAGGAAAAGUUCACGGAAGAUGCUGGCUCACUUCCUUAGUUGCAAAUCAAGUGAUAACCAUAACUUAGUGGGAUGCAGUUCAAUGUACCAAAAUGAUAAGGCCCAGUGUUCAUACCCCAGCGACGAAGGCACCUCAGGACAUAAUGAGAGGGAGUACUCUCAGUAUGCGGCAACGUCCAUAUCUCCUCAGCUUGGUCUCCCGGAAUUCUCUCAUCUUGGUUGGGGCCAUUGGUUUACUCUCAGGGAUUUGGAGCACGCAACAGAUGGGUUCAGUGAUGAUAAUAUCAUAGGAGAGGGUGGCUAUGGGGUCGUUUAUCAUGGUCAUCUUAUAAAUGGAACUGAUGUUGCAGUCAAAAAGCUUUUUAACAACAUAGGGCAGGCAGAAAAAGAGUUCAGGGUUGAAGUUGAGUCUAUUGGUCAUGUUAGGCAUAAGAAUUUGGUGCGACUCCUUGGCUACUGCAUUGAGGGAAGCUACAGGAUGCUUGUCUAUGAAUACGUCAACAAUGGGAACUUAGAGCAGUGGUUACAUGGUGCAAUGAGUCAGCAUGGUGUUCUUACAUGGGAAGCACGCAUAAAAAUUAUCCUUGGCAUUGCAAAAGCACUGGCUUAUUUGCAUGAGGGGAUAGAGCCAAAAGUUAUUCACCGUGAUAUCAAAUCAAGUAACAUCCUUAUUGACAAAGAUUUCACAGGAAAGCUUUCUGAUUUUGGAUUAUCUAAGCUCUUAGGCACUGGGAAAAGCCAUAUUACUACUCGAGUUAUGGGAACCUUUGGGUAUGUAGCCCCAGAAUAUGCUAAUACUGGGAUGCUAAACGAGAAGAGUGACGUCUACAGUUUCGGGGUGCUACUCUUGGAAGCAGUGACCGGAAGGGAUCCAAUCAACUAUGGUCGGCCUACUGAUGAGGUGCACCUGUUGGAGUGGAUUAAGCUGAUGGCGAGCAGCAGGAGAGCCGAGGAAGUAGUGGAUCCUGCAAUGGAGGCCAGGCCAACCAAACGGCAGCUGAGGCGCGUCCUCGUGGCUGCCCUCAAGUGCGUCGACCCCAAAGCGGACAAGAGGCCCUCGAUGGGCAGCGUCGUCCGCAUGCUCGAGGCGGAUGAUGUUGCGCCGUCGAUAUCACGACAGGAUCGGAGGAGCCCGAGGGGGCAAUGUGGCGACGGCGACGCGUCAGGGCGCGAGCCAUCCGGGACAUCAGCGAGAUACUCCAGUACAGCUUUUGUAUAAAGCCUUACGCACGGCCCAGGCCAGAAAUGUUGUGUUCAUAGAUCAUAGUUCAUUGCAGACGGCAACAUGUAAUACUGUUUUCCUUCUCAAAAGAAACGAAAAGAAACGUCGUCUUUUCACCUGUACAGUAGCAGAACGGGCCCGUUCUUUGGUAGAGUUUUU